GAGUUGUUGGUGACACUGAGAGUCACUACAAAUCAUGUAGCUGAGGCAGGAGGAGGAGGAGGAAGCUGCAGGGAGUGUGGCACUUCGUUCCCCAAAAAGUAUUUGCAUGAACAGACGCAACUUCAGUCUCCUGGUCCUUGCCUCAGCCUUUUGUGCAUGCCAAUGAGUUGUUCUGAAGAGGAGAAGUUUGAUCUCAGCCCUGAAUCAGAUACCGUGGAACUUCUUGCAACAAAAGAUCAGUCGUUUUGUCAUCGGCUGCAGCACGACAUGUAUUUUCUUACGAGCAAUAGCCGACUGAAUGAGCAAGUGGUUGAUAAAAUUAUUCUUCAGCUUAACAGAGUCUACCCCCAAAUUCUUACCAAUGCAGAAGCAGAAAAGUUCAGGAAUCCAAAGGCAUCACUCCAUACCAGACUUUCAGAUCUGAUAAAGCACCUUCAAAAGAAAGGAGACAGACACUGUCAAGAGUUUUACAGGGCUCUGCAGAUCAAUGCUGAACAGCUGUAUAAUGACCUGCCAAGCAGGAAAAUCUUGAAAACCACAGAUUCCACAGAGAUAGACACUGACAAGGAGAAAUAUAUGCUAAAUGACAGGGGUCCAGUGUUUUUCCUCGCUUGUUUUAGCGUUGCUGCAGGAUUUGCGUUGUUUUGGUAUUGCUGUACCUCAGAUACGAAAGUUGUGGGAAGAGCCAGGAGAAUCUUGGGCUUUUCUCCUAUUAUCAUAGGAAGACACGUUAGAAAUAUUUGUAUGUUGUAUUUGGAAGACGUAUCAAGAAAUUAAGGGAAAGCUGCCUCUUCGCUUGUCCGUACAGUAUACCUGCCAAGGGAAGGCAACGGUGCAUGAAUAUUAAUGUACUAUACUCUCAUACCAAAGAUUUUAUUAACUAGCUUCAUCAAUGAUUGUGUUGCCUCAAGAUGUAUUCAGAAUUUCAGCUAUAUAUGUCCUUCCUUAUGGGAAUGGACCGUUUAUUUUUGUAAAUGCUUAUUUUAAAAUAUUUAUCAUUUGGAUAAAGAAUAUUUUAAUACAAACUUUAAAAUGAUAUCCUAAGUGAUCAUGGGUCUUAAGCCAUGUUUGCAUAUGUGUUUUAUACUGGAAUGAAGGAUCACAACUGUUUAAAGGAUGCUAGCCUGUCUUUUGUGACAAUUAAUUUAAGAAAAGCACUUAAAAAACCACAUGCACUCAAAGCCUUACUAAGAAAUGGAUCUCCAUCUCAGGAUUGUCUGUUUUGUCUAGAUCCUUUAUACUUACUGCCUGAGCUCAGGUGGGCACUGGCGCCUACGGAAAACGUUUAUCAGUGCCAGUUACCUUUGUGUAUGCCUAGUACUUGCCGGCUUUUCUAGUUCUCCUGUUCGUGCCUCAUCCCAGCCUGCCUUGUUCGUGUUCACACUCAGCUGUUGGCCGUGGUUUGAAUGCGCUGGAGCUGGUGCAGACUGGUUCCCAGCCUGCGGAGGGUCCCAGGGACUGGAAUGUCUGAUCUGAAGCACUUCAAACUACCAAGAAGACUUUUCAGAUUUAUUUAGCUUUUCCUUUUCUAGUGAAGUGUUUUGCAGUCUGUAUAUCUAAGAAACUGAAGUAAUCCAAGAUACUUUGCAGGGACUUAAGUGCCAGGACGUGGGGCUUUUUUUACAGCCAAAAAUACGGAUACUUACUUGAAGAGCCUGAGGUUGUUCAUCAUGUCAUUUGAUGUUAUGUUUUUCUUCUGCGAGUUGAAACCUGAAAAACUUGCAGAAACCAUUGUAAGACUAAAAUUCUUGAGGGAGAUGCAGGGAGUCAGGGCUGCAAGUGAAGCAGCUUGGGGUUUCUUAGCUUGCUCCUGCCUAGCUCAGUACAAACGCCUUUCCUCCUCCAGAUGGGAGGUGCAGUACUUCUGAACGGGCUGUGAGAAAUGACAUUUUCAGUGGGUAGUUGUUCAGUUACCUGCUCAAGAGCGUAAGGAGCUUGGGGAGACCAUGUCCCGGUACUUGGUGAGGAAGACGCUAUGUGGCUCUUCGUUCACUGACUGAACGAAGAGAUUUCCAGAUCAAAUAUCACCUGAAUAAAAGUUGCAGCUACAUCACAAGUUACCAUGCACCGGAGGAUCCCAUGCGAAAUUUUCAGUCAUUUGGAGUGGUUUUCUCGAAACAGUCAGACUGAAAAUUGUCUUCCAGCUUUAAACUUUAUUCAUGCUAUAAAAAUGGCAUCGUCUUCUCCAAAGCAAGUUGUCUUGUAAUAACUGUAUUUCCUUCCAGGACAACACUCACCCGAUAUAGUAGCAAGCGUAUAGUCCAGAGGAGGAAUAGUGUACAGGGCCAAAUUUGCAAAUAAAAGACCCAAAGAGUAUUUGCGGGAAAUGUCUUGAGAGAUGAAAAAGGGCUCAGAGGACCCGAUUUUACUCUUCUGAUAAACUGUUUUUACCUGCGGCAUUGGAGCGUGGCUGGGACACGAGCCAACCCCACGUAGAGGUAGCCACAGUCUUCGGUAGGGCAAAUCUCAAGAACAGACGGUGCGUCUUCAUGGCCGUCGCUGGUGCGAGCGCAGCUUAUCUCGAAACACCCAAGGGAAAUCAGACGGGCCGCGGGGAUAGCACUCCAGCCACACUGGGAGUCAGCGCAAGCUAUUUGGUGAAGUAUUUACUCUGGCUCUGGGAAGCCAAGCUCCCAGUUGCCGGGUUUGCGGUGGGAGCGGUGCCUCCCGCCGCCCCGGUAAAGCUGCCGUGGCUGUUUGUACACAGCUGCAGCCGCUCCUUUGAGUGCAGCGCCGGCAUUUCCCUAACAGCUCCCCGCUGUAACUGCACCACUCAACAGAAAGAGUUUUCCGCGUGGACAGGCAGACGUACCCCAAGAUCAGCAGUGGGCCAAGGGAUAUUAUAAACGCUUAAUAGCCUGAGUGCUGCAGUGUAAAACGUGAAAUGAGACAAAUGCCGUGCGAACAAAAUAACACCCAGCAGAGCGCUUUAUUUAGACUUCUUUUCCCCUGCCUCUACCCCACCAGCUCUUGUGUCUCUUCGAUCUAAUCUCCACGGGGACUCUUAUUAGGGAGAAAACGGUGACGGAGCUGAGCGCGUUUCCUACAGAAUUGGCUAACCACGAGGCGCUGGUGCCCUUGUUACACAACGAUCGGCUGUUGUGCUGCCUUCCAUCUUGGGAAGUGCUUUAAUUCUAUUCUGUUGUUUUCUCUCUGCCUUGCCUUGUGUUUAAGGUGACAACAGGUUGGUUUUUUUUUCUCCAGCAAACCAGCUCUAAUUUAUAACAUUUGAAAUGAAAUGUUCCUUUCCCCACUGCUGCUUACCUCCUAUAGCAGCCCCUUUUUAAGGGACUAGAAAAAAUACCUCUGAAAUCUGAAGGGAUUUUAAAUCUUUGCCUCGAAGCCAACUUUGAAACCUUGUUAGAGGAACGGUAUUCCAUUUCACACAGAAAACCAUUAUUCAAAGUAAUUGCAACAGUCGCAUCUCAUUUUAAAGCAGGAACAGAGGCCUUAUUGCUGCUAGGCAGAUUCUUUCUGCUUAGAUUAUCCACCGUGUUACCCUUUGGAUAACAGGUCACAAAUUACUGAAACCUACAGAAGUUCCCGGUGCCUUAUUUAAUCCGAAGGUGAGAAUCUGCUGUAUUUACUGGUUGAAGGAUGCCUUGCAGUGCCAGGAGCCGCCUCGGGUCGAUCACACUGCCCCAGGAGCACGCUGGCUGGGCAGUAGGACGUGGUCCUCCCAGUUCCUUAAAGCGAGUGGCUUGCUUGAGCCUUGAAAACCAUAUGGCAUAGGAAGUUUACUAAAGGCUGUGGCUAUAUUUCUUCCCUUUCUGAGGUUGCUUGAGAUGAGGAUGCCUCUCAGGGGAAAAAAAAAUAAUCCAGGAUGAGCUAUCCGCAGCGUGAGGGCUGGGAGGAGAGAGGAAGAACGAGUCUUGGUUCAUCCCAGUGUUGUUAGUUCAAGGACCUGACAGCAAAGAAUAGAAAAUAAUCUGUUCCUUUAUAGUGCUAGUUAUUCAUUUAAAAAGUAAAAGUGAGGCUAGCUAUAAAAUUGGCAUGUGCAUAGGUUGGGAGACAUUCUUUUUCUUGGAAGAUUUUUCUUUUGGGAGCAAAUACCGAGGUUUAAUACACUUCUCUGCAAGCGCAGCUAUGCAGCGCAUGCAGGCAGCAGAUGAAGUGAUAAUUCCAUCGUCAGUUCUGGAGGAAGCCCGUAUGUACCUGCGGGGGAGUCGGGUCCUUCUAGGCAAGCAGUGUUAUGUACUUGGAAAUAAAUAACAAGGAGGGUCUUGGAUGAGCCUGUCUAGCUGCAGAAUUCCAGCUUCCCUGUCAAGUCACGAAUAGCUUGGCAUUUGCUGCUGAAACUGUAAUGGUAUUUAGGAACGUGCUUUACUUCAUGUGCAGGGAAGUUGUCCUGGCUGUGUAAAAUUCAGUAGGUGGUUACACGUGCAGAGGAUAGAGGCCGUUCUCGUGAAUGCCGUGGUUCUCGUGCUGCAGACAGUAAAUGUACAGGAGCUAAGAAAAAGCAGCCGUGUUUUCAACGUACCCUCUCUCACCUUGUGCAACUCUCGUUGAAGAAGUAAGAUGUUUGGUUUUUUCCCUGCAGCGUAAGCAGCGUUGUGCCUUUAGCGGCAUUGUGGGCUCAGGAGCCCAACGGCUGCUGCGGGAGUGAUGCUCUCCUGGCGCGCUGAGCGUGGCUCUCGGGAAAGAGAUGAGCAAGGGGAAGCUGUGGUCGCUGGAGGGUGGGAGCGUGCAGGUUAUCAGGCAGUUGGCUCCCCUGCCAGUUUAGACUCCGCUCUGCAGCGAGCGCCUCGCACAGGGCCUUGCUGCAGGUCCCACCGGGGACCGUCCCCCUUCGCUGCUGUGCGACUUGGGCGGGCAUCCCGAGGGGACGGGAGGGAGGAUGAGCUCCACGCUCUUCAGCCUGGAGGACUCCUGAUACCUAGCCAAACCUCAUCUUCCUUCCCUGUGGUUUUUUUCUUAGGAAUGGGCUUUUUGGUUUAAAUUAAAGCCGAACUGCCUCGGAUUGUCUUGGUGGUAAUGUCAGGGCUCUCUAGAUUCAAGAGGAGGGGUUAGCCGGUGUGACAGCUCCCUAAGCAGAGCGUGCAGGCGGCUGGCCCGAGCCAUGUAAGUAGUUAAGGCAGAGUGACGGGGCCGCCUGCAUGCAGAGCGAGCUGGGAAGCAAAGUGACAGAUCAUACAAUGAAUUUGCACAAUUCCAUUUAAAGACAGACUGCUAUUUAAAGUACUUCGCCGAAGUAUGAUGUGCCUGCAAGCCAGAGCUGGAUAAAGUGAUGAUUCAUUCUGGGACACACGGGGCUACUUCAUAGCUGCUGGCUGGAGUUUUCAAAGCUGCCGAGGCAAAGUUACUCUUUUUGUUUCUUUCACUUGUGAUUUUUCCCCCCCCCCCUCAUACUGUAAUAAAUUGAAAACAUAUUUGGUCAAAAUUUGCAGUUAUGGAGGCUUUUCACUGCUGUUCUAUGUGCACAAACAUUACUCCAGAGAGAUGCCAUGCCGUAGUUGUGUAAUCAGCGUUGCUGUUACACUAAGAAAUGCAAACAGUUUGCUGUACUUCACAGGUCCUGUGUUUUGUAAUCAUUUCUCCUAACGUACCUCUUCUUGAAUUCUGUAGAAAUUAAUGGAAUUUGUUCUUUUUUUAAUGGGGUGAAGCUGGCAAUUAAAUUGAAAUAAAAUCUGUACUGAGA